CCCGACAUUCUCAGCCUUGUGAUAUUGUUUCUUUUUUCUCCUUGCCUGUGAGCAAAGCCUUCUGUGUCAUUUCUCCACACGCAGAACUCACAAAACCCUAGCAAAAAAUCCAAUAAAAAAGGAAUUGAAAAUUACCAAAUUGAGGCAGAAUGAGCAGAGGUAGUGGAGGAGGAUAUGAUCGUCAUAUCACGAUUUUUUCACCGGAGGGCCGUCUUUUUCAAGUGGAGUAUGCUUUUAAGGCUGUUAAGGCUGCUGGGAUCACCUCAAUUGGUGUUCGUGGAAAGGAUUCUGUCUGUGUGGUGACUCAAAAGAAAGUGCCUGACAAGCUCUUGGAUCAUACAAGUGUCACACAUCUUUUCCCCAUUACAAAGUACCUUGGUUUGCUAGCAACUGGCGUGACAGCUGAUGCAAGGACCUUGGUUCAACAAGCUAGGAAUGAAGCCGCUGAGUUUCGCUUCCGAUAUGGAUAUGAGAUGCCUGUGGAUGUUUUGGCUAAAUGGAUAGCUGACAAAUCUCAAAUUUAUACACAACAUGCUUAUAUGAGACCACUUGGAGUAGUUGCUAUGGUUUUGGGUAUUGACGAGGAAUAUGGGCCUAGGCUCUAUAAAUGUGACCCUGCUGGCCACUACUUUGGGCACAAGGCUACAAGUGCAGGAUUAAAAGAACAAGAAGCAAUUAAUUUCUUGGAGAAGAAAAUGAAGAAUGAUCCUCAAUUUACCUACGAGGAAACAGUGCAGACCGCGAUCUCUGCCCUGCAAUCGGUUCUACAGGAGGAUUUUAAGGCCACUGAGAUCGAGGUUGGAGUGGUGAGGAAGGAGAAUCCAGUCUUUAGAGUGUUGUCCACUGAGGAGAUUGAUGAGCACUUGACUGCUAUAAGCGAGCGAGACUAAAUGAUGAACUGUUGAUGGGAUCCUAAAGCAGAUAAAGCAUUUUUCUUUUUCAUAAAAAAAUGAAGCAAUAUAUGGUCAAAAACUCAAAAGGACCGAAAAUCAUUUCUUAAGUCUAGGGACAAUCUGUACUUUUUAUAAAUUGUGAUUAGCCGUUUCUACCUGCAAAGCUUAUUUGUGAAUGUGAACUUUCAAUCAUUCUUAAACUUCUA